UUUCGCACGCGCAAGCUUACAAUACAACUUGUUAGUUGAUGAGACAGAGUCCAGAAAAGACAAUCUUCGAUUCACACUUCACCGUCGCGUUCUACCGUUCUCCAUUUUCCCACUGUACGACGCGUCCUAAAUUCUCUUCUUAAACCAAUUCCACUCUCAAAUUCAAAUCUUCCCAUAUGUCAACGGGAUCGCCCAAGCGCCAACAAUGGCAAUGGGAAAACGCCACCGCCGGAGCCGCCGCAGGAUUCGCCACAGUCGCUGUUAUGCAUCCCCUCGACGUUGUCCGAACUAGGUUUCAAGUUAACGAUGGUCGAGUCUCUCAUCUUCCCAGUUACAAGAACACCGCUCAUGCCAUUUUCACCAUUACUCGCACCGAGGGAUUAAGAGGGCUAUAUGCUGGCUUUCUUCCUGGGGUUCUUGGGUCAACUAUAUCAUGGGGUUUAUAUUUCUUUUUCUAUGACAAAGCUAAACAAAGAUAUGCUAGGAGCAGAGAGGAGAAGUUGAGCCCAGGUCUUCAUCUUGCCUCAGCUGCGGAAGCAGGAGCUUUGGUUUGCUUGUGCACAAAUCCUGUUUGGGUAGUGAAGACAAGAUUGCAGCUUCAGACUCCUCUUCACCAGACACGGCCAUACUCUGGGCUAUAUGAUGCAUUUAGGACCAUAAUGAGGGAAGAAGGAUUUAGUGCCCUUUACAGGGGGAUUGUUCCAGGUUUAUUUCUGCAGGUCUCUCAUGGUGCUAUUCAGUUCACAGCUUACGAAGAGCUUCGUAAAACUAUUAUUGAUUUGAAGAGCAAGAGAAGUGAAACACAACAUCAAAACCCUGAUCAACUGUUGAAUUCUGUUGAUUAUGCGGUUCUUGGAGCAACAUCAAAAGUUGCCGCAAUACUUCUAACAUAUCCAUUUCAGGUUAUACGGUCUCGUUUGCAGCAACGGCCUGGUGGUGAUGGGAUACCAAGAUAUAUGGACAGUUGGCAUGUUGUGAAACAAACGGCACGAUUUGAAAGUGUCCGAGGUUUUUACAAGGGAAUCACGCCAAACCUCUUGAAAAAUGUUCCUGCUUCUUCAAUAACAUUUAUUGUUUAUGAAAAUGUUCUAAAACUACUUAAACUGGCUAGAAGGAAUGACUGAUUAUUUUUCUCUUCAUAUUUUUUCUCUUUUUCUUUUUAGGUGUUUAGUCUCUGAUUUGUUAUUUAAAGCAUAGAAAAAUCACUCAUUUUUCCCAUCACUUUUUAACGAUGGGAUGCACACUAUGUGAUCCAAUAAUGCGGAUGCAAUUAUUGAAAGCAUUCUUGCCAGAAUUCCACGUUUCA